AUGAGUGUGAUAACCACAGGGGAUCAGCCUGACUCCGGUCGUAAAGAGAUUAUUGGCGUCACUUAUCUUUCGCAGCCUUGUUUCGGUCGCCGUCGAAAAGUCGUGGUGAUGUGUGAAUCGGAUGUCAGCAAGUUUCAUCUGGAUGAUGGGUUUCCAAGGUUCAGACGAUGUUUGUUAGGCGAAACUUGUGUCUGCGAGGAAGAUACACGCACGUUCACAUACACCUUUUCGAUCUCAAUCUAUGCUCAAUCACUUAGUGGACUGAAUGACCAUCUCAAGGACAUCAAAGACUCGAGCCCUAAUCGGAAAGAACCGAAGCGCACUCUCAAGACGAUGACGCCUCAAUACUUCCACAUAGAAUACUCCCCGACUGACGAAGAGCAUACGCUUUCUACGGACGCCGUAAUAUUCUCCAAUAAUUCUGCAAAAGUUUACCCUUCAGGGUUAGCACCAAAGGCGGUUUCUCCUUGGAGGAAUGGAAACAAAAUUUGGAUUGCAUGGAUUGAAACGACCGUAAUAAAAUUUACCGAAGAAAGACUGGAUAAAAUCCUGCGAGCGUGUCGUAAAGGAGGGGUAAAAUUUAAAAUUUGGGACUGUAAGGAAAAGUGUGCUAUACAGACUCGGUUUGAUCGUCCAAGAGCCUUUGAAAAUCUUGCCGGGGACAACCAACAGACUGUUGAGGCGAUAGUUGGAAAAGUUGUCAAAUUUUGUGAACGUAAUAUCCUAUGUUCGGAGGAUUCUAAUACAACGGCGGGCUGUACCAGAAACAGAGACAUGUUAUCACCUCCGCAUCGAGGUUGUGCUAAAAAGUACCGGACCAUACGUGUCUGGUCGCCAUAUCUCGAAAUCUGGAGUCCCCGAAACUGCAUAUAUGAAAACUGCACUCCAAAGACACUGCCCCAAGUACUCAUCAUCGUCAUCGACAGAAUGACAUCAUUGUUUAACACCGAUGAUUCGCUGCCGUGCAACCAUGAUUUAUUUGAAAGCCUCAUUGUAAAGAAAACAGUAAAGUACGCACGGAACGAUUCAUAUUUUAUACACACAUCAAACUUUCCUAUAUAUAGGAAGCGACAACACAGUCAACACGCACAGACUCGCGCGCGCGCAGGGAGCAGGACGUCAACCUCUCCACAAGUCCACGGACAAUCAUGGAACACGUGUAGCAGCCAAACUGCGGAGAAAACACGUUACCGCCGUCCGGACUUUCACCAAGGGACUCUCACAUACGAUAAUACGCACGGAACGAUUCAUAUUUUAUACACACAUCAAACUUUCCUAUAUAUAGGAAGCGACAACACAGUCAACACGCACAGACUCGCGCGCGCGCAGGGAGCAGGACGUCAACCUCUCCACAAGUCCACGGACAAUCAUGGAACACGUGUAGCAGCCAAACUGCGGAGAAAACACGUUACCGCCGUCCGGACUUUCACCAAGGGACUCUCACAUACGAUAAGUACGGAUGGUGCGAAUGUAGGAACAUCAUCCAAACAGCGAGAUGAGAAUCAGACACCGCGUGGGAAACCAAAUAAAACGAAGGCAUCGUAUUCCAAAACUUUGUUAUCUGACAACUCCCGCAAGAGGAAUAGGGACCCUCUGAUAGAAGUGCUAGGAUCUUGUUGCCUUGUGCUGAAUUUGGCUCACUGCUUUGUUAAACAACAAGCAGAAAUGAUCACCGUAUCUAAGCCAACCACGGUUACUAGACCCGCAACAACUACGUUGAGUGGAUCAGUGCUACUGACAGACGAAACGGUUCUCGCGGAUGUCAUAGUGGCUUUGCAACUGGAACAACCUCUACUUACUGAAACGCAGUGUGAAUACUACAAACCUGUUGUGAUCCAGCUCAGUCGAAUCAAGGGACUUCCGACGCAGCCUUAUGCUAAUUACAAUGAAAUGCACAGGCAUUGCGAGCCACUUCAGAUGACCUGGUGUCUUCACUCAAAUCAGCGAAUUCUUGAACUUCUACUCGGCACGCCAUUGAUCUUGGACUUAUACGAUCGCGUCCCCAAGAAAGAAGACAAACCAGGAUGUUUACAUGACAAAAAGCCAACACCUUUCGGCUGUAAACCGAAAGAUGACCAGUUCGGUAUGCUUUCAACAAACGAUCCCCUUCCACUGGUUGCCAAUCGCUGGGUGAAUUCCAAGGCGUUAGCCAUGGACCGCCACCCUUAUGGACGGGCGACCAUAUAUCUUGGAGAGGCCGUCACUUUGCAUCAGAAAAUGCUUCAAUAUUCCGUCCCAGUAUCGCCUUUGAGUGGGACAGAUUUUGACACGACAAUCACGAUGAGAACAGCAAAAGAAGACUUUAGGAAGAAGAAAACGGGCUACGUGGGUUACUUAGAUUCAAACUGUGAAAUCAUUCUUACCAUUGAUCUCAACUUUGAUGUGGGAUCUUUGACAAAUUCCACCAUCCAUCAAGAACCCCGAUUAUCGACAGUAGAGCGUUUUAUUUGCUGGUUGGAACUUGCAGAUGGAUAUGAAAGAGAUCCAAGAACAACCAUUUCGGCUGCGUACUGGAUAUCUGUGAGCGGAAGUCCUGCAAGCACUUCGAUCCCACAGGCAUUAGGGGCUGGUAGUGAGUGUCCCACAGUCGUAUCAUUGACGAAUUUGAAGAAGAUAGUCCUGUUUGACACCACUUGA